AUGGCACGAGGAGAGGGUGCCGAGCAGUACGCGGCGAGUUUACUAUCAGUCAAACCUAUAAAUACAGAAAUCAAGACAACGAAGGUAAGAGAAGACGAUCAUACUUUAACAUUUGGGGUCUCUUUUUUUUAACUUGAAGGGCGUUUCUGUGUUUCUGCGAGUAAAUUGAAGGUAACAUCAGAUCAAAUGUGGCUGUUACUUCCUUUCAAACGCCCCCCUCGGCUUGUCCUCAAUAUUUGAAUUUCACUUGUCCGUGUGUCCCCCGGCAGCUGCUCAUGGGGCUGACAUACCGGUUUUAAAGGGACCGCGUGAUAAUCAGACGGGUAAUUUUGUUUUAACAGUAGAGCCCAGUCAAAUAUAGCAGACUGCUGAUGACAGACGUGCAGCAGAAAGGUGACGUGGUACCUCCAGAGCUGCAAGAAAGCAUGAAUCAUCCUUUGGUUUGAGGGUCCUACAUUGAAUAUGCAUUAAACAAUUGCAUUUAAGCGAUCAGCGCAUGUGUAGUCAGCCUGUCUGGAAGCUUGAAAUAAUUCAGUUUAGUCGUCAAAUGAUCCCCAAACGCUGCUGUUGUACAGCUUUGCAUUUCUGUCUCCAGAGUCCAACUUUUUUUUGCAUCAUGCCUGAGCUGUAUCACUUUCUCCUUACAGCAAUAUCAGAUCACAGGAGACUUCAGCCUUACAGGAUGGUUAAAGGAUUUAUGGUGUCAUGUAAAGCUCAAAGGGGUUUCCUCGGGGUCCCCUUACAUUGAGGUGUUCUCCUAUGCAUCUUCCUUACAGUAUGGAUUUAGACUGAGGUAUAAAUUUGGCUGAGAAGACUAUCAUUCAGAGUACAAGAUGAGGUGAUGCUGGUUUUCAUGUUCGUAGCGCUGUCCUCUUUCGCUGAAAUGAUCAGACUCCAGAUGUAGGACUCUAGGGCUCAGAUGAUUGGUUGUAGCAGAGGGAUGUGAUAAGUCCGUAGACUGUCUGCUGACUGUUGGUUGCUCAGCUUGAAAUGUCACACUACCGCCAACAUCCUAUUUCGAGAGCCAAUAGAAGAGCUUAAGCCUUUGUGAUGCAGUGCAAGAGUGUGUGAACUGUAAUAACCUCAUAGUGUAACAACCACGCCACAUCAUUGCUUGGGAUUUGCCUCUAAUCUGACAUUCUCAGCCAUGGGGUGAGCGUUGUUAGCCAAUCUCAGGCCCUCUUGGUAGCAUAUUGUUCAACACAGUAUCACUUUUGCCAGGAAUUUUUCACAGAGGGAUGGAUGGAAGUAGAAAAACAUGGAUUAACAAACCCCAGACUACAAAAGAGAGCUGUACAUAAAGACUGACUCUCAUAGUCCUGUUGGGGAUAUGAGUGUUUGCAACAGUCAGAUGCAUAAACUCACUGUAUAACAUGUCUCCUCUAUACCCUCCUCAUCUUCCAGCCGAAGGAUCUGAGAAAUCGACUGUCUGUCUGGAACAAACUCUGCUACGCCAUCGGCGGGGCUCCCUACCAGAUCACGGGCAGUGCUUUGGGCUUCUUCCUCCAGAUCUACCUGCUAGAUGUUGCUCAGGUGAUUAAAAUUUAACACUCAAAGCUACAAGAAAAAAAUUCACAGUUGUAUGAUAUUGUGCACAACUGGGAAAGGAGCCUUUUGUUAAAUCUCUAAAAUACUCCCUGGACACUCAUUUCCUUAUUCCCACUUCGUCGCUCAUAGUUCAAAGUGCUGAUUAGCUGAAAGGCCAGAGUCUGUGCACCCCUUAACAGCCUUGGAUCGCUUUAAUAGUUUCCAUCCUGCAGUAGCCAGUCAAGCGCAUUAACUUGAACUCCUACUGCUUUGCUUUGUUACUCAAUUAACAAAUCAGACUCCUCCACUGUACACAGUAGGAACUCAAGAAAAAAACUCCCAGUUCAAGAAAUAAGAUAAUUUUAGCAUUUUUAACUCGCAUGCUGUCCUUUUUAAAAGUUGACACAGUUGAGUAUUUCUGUGAUAUAGUGCUCUGAGCCUCAAAGGUGUCCAUCUCCUCAUUGUGGCUUUUCUGCAUCAGUCACGAACAGUGCCAUAUGAGGUAGUAUUUGCCAUCCUCUUUGUUUCGGUUUCACGCCUCACUCUUUUUUCCACCCUUUUCCUUUAGCUGGAUCCCUCCCAUGCUUCCAUCAUACUGUUUGUGGGCAGGGCAUGGGACGCUAUCACAGACCCCACUGUGGGUUUCCUGGUGAGCCGGAGCAGAUGGACUGGCAUUGGCCGCAUGAUGCCCUGGUAGGUGUUUCAAUCUCACACCAACAUAUUGCUCCAGUUAAGGUUUACAAAGCAAAGAGGAUAACCUGUGAUGGUCACGAGAACACGAAUAGAUUACAUACUGAGUCAAGGGAGGAAAUUGAGGCAAAUGAGCACGAGCUCAAGAGCCAUUGGCAGUAACCAUGGCAACAGAGCUGAAACGGUGACAGAGAAAACAUUAGAGAGUAUAGUCUGUCUGAAUUUGCAUAUAUUGUGUGCAUCAGAAAUCUCGCUGGAACUCACUCGGCAAACAAAGGUGACCUUUUGUAAACAGCAGCUAAAGCACAAACAUUUCAGUUAGUCUGCAGUUGUUAGAGAUGCUGAUAUCUGCUGUUGUCCAUCAUACAUUGGUGCCCUGUUGGGUUUCUUGCAGAGAUUUUGUACAAGAGUAGACGUAUUCCUGGUUGAUGUUACCCACUGUCAUCAUGGUUUAUUUUGGAUCCCCCAAAAAAGAGAAGAAUGGAUCUUAAGAGUAAUCAGGGUUUAUUUAAUACUACACAAGAAAAAAAAAGUUAAAUUCUUCAAGCUCUUUAUUAAAAAGCUUUACCAGAGUGGUACUCUCACCACUGUGUGCACACAUCAGCAUACUUGUGAGCGAGAUAUUUCAGACAUAUUACAAAACUGACAUUUUGGAGCUUUUUAGAUGUCGUGCUAGCAUGCGGUAGCAAAGAUAUUACAGUGGGUGAGGGGCGUAUAGUAAGAUAUAUGGAGAAAGAGAGAGGCAGAGAGAUUGUAAGGGACACACCAAUACAAUUGAAUCUGAUCUAAAGUGGAUACAUAUUUUAACUUUAGGACACAAAUCUAGGUGAAGACUGAUAAUGAAACAGCGCCAACACUAUAACAGCCUGUUACUGCGAUUGCAGAAAAAACUAACAAAUUCACAAGAAAUAAACCCAAUUUAUCAGUUGGCUGAUUUAUCAGGUCUAUUGAUGUCAUUUUUAGUAACUGGCAUCAUCAGCAAUCGCUCCCAAGACCGAUAUCACCAUUCAUUAAAAAUUCCUCUAAAACAUGUUACUGGCUCAGAUGACUAUGAAAAUUUACUUAGCAAAAUAUUUUUACAUCUAUAAUAACUCAAUAAAAUGUGUACUUAUAUUCAGUAACUUUGUUUCUUAGUAUUAGAUUGUUUUGACAAAAAAAAAAAAGAAAAGGAUUAGAAAAAAUGUGAUAUUGGUAUUAUCAGCUAUUGGCUGACCUGCACUCUCAUUAUUUUUAUUAGUAUUAGCUGUUAAAAAAACUGUAAGCAGUCAAUCACUUGAAUAUAUCAAGUCCUGAACUUGAAAAAACUGUGUUUCUCAUGAAAACACCAGGCAAUGCCAAACGUGGUACCGUAAUCAAAACCUUGAAUGAACUCCAAAGCAAGCCCUAACUUAUGUACCAAAGGGUACCAAAGUAAGGGCUCUUAGUGAAUUGAAAUGACACAAUGACCAUUACCUACCACCACUGAUGGACAAAAGUUAGAAAAAAAUGAGAAUGUCUGCUUAUGACUAAUCCAGCAAGUUUUUCUCCGUUGCAAAAAAACGCAAGUAGUAAUGUUGAGACAAAAAACACAGAUUUUCAUUGAGCUGUUUUGCUUAUUGAUCUUUUUUAAUCCCCAAGGCUCUAAUAACAAAAACUUCUUUAGAUACAGACCAGGUGGUGAACCAUCAAGAGUUUGUCUGUAAUCUUUAACAGUCUGGUUUUUAUCUCAUGAAAUGAGAAACUCAUCAGCAAACAAGAAAAGGUGCAGAUUGUAAAAGUCAAAUGAUCUGCGUUAGGGUAGAUAACCAAAUUUAUAAAUGGAGAUAGUCAGGCCAGGUGGAGCUGACAGUUGAGCUUAUGAGGAGAGUCAGCUUGUAAAGAAAGAUGACCUUCACAUUUAGCUGCCAGAGUGAGGUGCAUGCGUGCGCCUGCAUCUGUGUGUGUGAGAGAGAGAGAGAGAGAGAGAGAGAAGGGAGGUGUGAAAUAUAGCUGUGGGAAGUAUCUGGUGCAGAAAUGCUCACUGCUGUCAACCACUAUGAUAUAACUCACUCAAAAACAGAUCUAAAUAUUUAACAGACUUAUUUCCCACAUGAAGUCACGAUGGUAUCUUGAACAUCCUGUGUGUUUGAGUCAGAAAUACCGGCUGUGUGCAUGAGCGGAGGGGGAGGGGGGGAAUCUACCGGCUUCUUCUGCCAUUGGUCCAACCCACAACACACCAUGAGCUUCAGACCAAUGGGGGUGUGUCCAUUUUUUGUUUGAGUCCCUAGACUCUGUGUGGGGGAAGGAAGGGGGGUUUCACAGUAGCAGAAAAAGGUUACCUUGGGUUAAGAGGCAUGCUCGGUGGAAAUAAUGGAGGUCAUUGUUGGAGACGGUAACGUGUGCAUGAUCCUCUGUGGCCUGCGAAGCUUGUCAAAUCAAAGUGAAAUAAAACAACCAGCUGUUAGAAAAGGACACACAGACAUAAUGUAUGCAGCUCAAGGUCAUGUCCUGUGUUUAAACCACAAAUAUGACACAUGAGGGAUCUAUACUGUGGGUUCAUUCAGCUGUGUCUGCAUGCUGAACAGUCAAAACCUGGACUCUGUCCAGAGAAACUAGCUUUUUCAUUAACCCAAUUCAGCCAGAAAUGAGAUCUAAUCAGGAGGGGGCAGCCUUUCUUAUUUCCCAUGUGUGUCCCACAAAAAGGAGGGGGGCAAGGGGUUUUCACAUGACCACGUGUGAGCGCACAUGUGUCACAUUCAAUAUUAGACAGCGAUACAGCUCUCAGUGACAGUCUGUGCUCAUGUAACUAACAUGAUGAGUUGCAACACGGUGAUCUUAAAGGGUACAGUUAUACAUUUUAUUAUUUUAUCUGUCAGUUAUUUUCAUAAUGAAGUUUUUAACUAUAACAUAGGCUUCCUGUGCGGCAGUUAAUAUUUAAGAAAAAGUCAAAAAAAAAUCACAUUUUUUUAUAAUGACAUAUUUCAGAAACAAAGCUCUUAAGAGAUUAUUUUGUCCAACCAACAAAACAAAAGAGGGAUGACAUUUAUCUACUGUCAUAAAAGCAGCGACCAAUACUCAGAAUAGGUGCUUAAAUAUAACUUAUAACAUUGAAAAAAGACCCAAAUAUUUGACUUCUUUCUAGAACUAAUGUCAUGAUGUUACUCUGCAGCUUGGUGGGGUUGUGUAGGAGCUGAAUAACGUCACCUGUACAGUGUGCCUUUACUGCCUCCAGCAAUGGCAGUUUUGUUUGCAGCAGUUAGAAGGCUGUGUAAAUAUUAAACAGCAGGAUUUCCUUGUGCUAAUGAGAGAAUUUUUCUUUUUUUUUUUCUUUUGGUUGGUUUACAAAAUAAGCUGUUAAAGUGGGGCGGCUCCUGAAUCUGAGGUCAGAUGAAGGGCACAUAGAGCUUAGACUGAGUGGGGUGAGAGCAAGAUGGGCCAGUGGGGCCCAGUUGGGUCAGCCCACCCUGAGUUAGACUCCUUCCUCAACCCAGACUGAGCCUUUUCUCCACACACAGCUCCAACAAGACAGGAUUAGAAGGAUUAUGCACACAGAGGCAGGGAAAGAGUAGAAAAGAAGGGAAACUACAGUAACAGUUGGCAGGGUUCAGUAAAGACCAUCUGGAGCAGUGGGAAACAGCAGGCUGGGGACUCAGUACAACAUGAAUGCAAAACAGACCCCACCCUAGCUGCUCAGGCUGAUAGAUACAUCCAGGCUUUGUGAAAAGAAACCGAUUUGAUCAAUGUCAAAAUGAGAAUUUGUUGCACAUCUUCAUCAUACUUCCUCUUAACAAUCCUCUGUCUCUUUGUUUCUUCCCAGGAUCCUUUGCUCCACUCCAUUUGCAGUGCUAACGUACUUCCUGAUCUGGUAUGUGCCUCCCUUUGAGCAGGGGAAGGUGGUCUGGUAUCUUAUCUUUUACUGCCUCUUCCAGUCAAUGCAGACGGUUAGUAUCACAUGUGGACACUUGCUUAAUCCCCAUCAUUUCUCUGUCAAUAUCAGCCUAAUCAUGAGUUUGUUUGCCUUCACAGUGCUUCCAUGUGCCGUAUUCAGCCCUCACCAUGUUCAUCAGCAAUGACCAGAAAGAGCGAGACUCUGCCACUGCCUAUCGUACGUCAGAGCUGCUUUUAGAGCAGUUUUUUUUUUACAUAUGCUAUUUUGGUUUGCGCAUUCACACUGAAUUUCUGUGUUGCUCUCAGGUAUGAUGGUGGAGGUGCUGGGUACAGUUCUGGGUACUGCGAUCCAGGGGCAGAUAGUUGGAGGGUCCUCAGAUUGUCCUGAUGAGUCUGAUACUACAGACAGUAGAAACUCAACCAAUUUCAGCCCAUCCAAUGUUACACUGGAUGAGACAGUGAGUGUUAAAUGCUUUGCUUUGAGAUACAGAAAUAAUUAUCAUUGCAUCUAUGUAAAAAAAAAAAAAAAAGAACUGGCUUUAACCGCCUGCCAUCUUUUCUGUCCACAGAAACAAUCUUACCUGAUCGCCUCAGGGGUCAUCUGCGUCAUCUACAUUCUCUGUGCGGUGGUCUUGUUUUUGGGUGUGAAGGAACAAAAAGGUAUGAAAUCAAGAAGUCACUAGAGAGGUUCUCAUUUGUCUGAUGCCAAAGUUGAAAUUUUAUAAUAUCUAAGGAAGAGCUGUUGACCUGGGGCACAUGACAUGGGAUAGGGUCAGAGUUAAAUCCAAAUUCUGAUGGCUUUAUUUGUCCAAUUGGAGACUUCACCUGGACUAAAACCUUCUGACUGAGUUGGAAAAUUAUGCUUUAUAAAUAAUGUGGAACAAAUCAUACCAAAGAUGUUGAAAAAGUUGAAUCUAGAUCAGAACUACCCUAUUACGAAAAUGCAAUUAUUUGAGAUCCAGAGUCAGGUUAUCAAUCUAUGUUUGCUUGUUUUUUAAAGUAACGUUGAAUUGGGUCAUACUGGUUAGGAUAAUGAUUUAUCAAGAUAAUCAGAUCUGUAUUACCCAGUCUUUUCAUUAGAAUUGGAUCUGAUUGCCAAAAUCUAUGCUAGUUUUUGAAUGACUGCGCCUGUUUGUUCAUGGAGAGUGCGGACUGAUGUAUUAUAUAAAAAGUCUCAGUCUGUAUCGUCAGUCCCUGUGAAACAUUUGCUCUUCUGUAAGUAUACAAAUGUUAAACCUCGUAAGCUAAAUGCCAAAGAUACAAAAGAUAUAGGGAGGUGACAUUCAAGGACAUUGGUUCUUAUCUCAGUGGCGUUAAAUUGUGUCAUAAAAAUUCCUUAUAGUUGAAGGUUUCAGCUGUCUUCAUCUCUGCUCUUGUUGUCUGUGCUGUGUCAUAGAGAGUGGGAGAAAAACAACAGAGCCCCUCGGCUUCCGUCAGGGCCUGUGGCUGGUGAUGAGUCAUGGACCGUACAUCAAACUGGUCAUCGGAUUCCUCUUCACCUCUUUAGCCUUUAUGGUAAUAACCUGUUUCCCUGACUGUCUCGUAUUUGACACAAAUCGAAUCUUGCAGGUGCACCCAUCACAUGCACUCUCUUUGUAUUUGUUGGAUGAAUCAUCUGUAAAAUGAUACGUUCAAUCUAAGAAACAACUACAAAGGAAGACAUUUUUACCCCUCUCAUAUCUGUCGCUAAACGAAGUAUCAGCCAAGAAUCAGUUAGUAUAGCGUAAAGCAAUAAGAGGAACAGUUAGUCUAGAUUUCCUCUGCAGUUAAGAUAGGUGUGAUAUAUUCAGAAAAAGGGGAUAUUACAGUUGAAGGCUUGUUCCCAAAAUGUCAAACGGUUCCUCUGUCUAAAGCUGUAGAUCUGUAGAAAGAUGACUAAUCCUAAUUUGUCUUUUAUAGCUGCUGGAAGGAAACUUUGCACUUUUCAUCACCUACGCUCUCGGCCAUAGGAAUGACUACCAGAAUAUUCUCCUCGUCAUCAUGGUGAGUUUUUUUGUUUCCUGCUGAAGGACCCUUAACCUCCUUGUAAAAGCUGUAAUCAGGGUGAGAUUUGGAGGACAGCAGUGCCGCACAAAACCAUGUUGGCCAUCCAUGUGGCACGGAAUACACUCGCAGUGAUUGUCGUGUUCCCUGCCGGUGCUCUAAAGUCUUUCCUCACGUGAAGGGACACAUGGCACAGGGACUGAAAGGGCAGAUUUUCAGGGUGAGGGGAGAUGUUGUUUGUUCUCCUGGGAACCUAUCACCCAGUCACACACUCACUUGGGGUUAACAGGGAAUCUAGGGAGAGACGGGCACACAGUGGAGCUUUUGUUGCCCAGGCGAUCUGUCACUGCCACCAUGGGAACUUCCACCAUUGGUUGCUUCUCCUGUUUCAUCCUGCUUCCUGCUUUCUGCUCUGGUGCUUCCCGCUGAUGAGGUGUGGAAACAUUUGUGGGCACAAAUGCAGGAGGACAGUUUUCCACAACGUUUCCUCAUGUUUGGGCUUGUUCUUGUGAGGUCAGUUGAUCACGUUUGGCCUGAGGCCUAAGGUCAUCUGCCCAAACAUAUUGUGCCUGUGUCCUUUGACCUCUUCCUGCUGAGGCACUUUAGUCUUUUAGAGUCCCACAUUGUCUUAAAUUAAUAAUAAAGACUAGUAAAAGUGAAAUUAGUUGAAGAUAUUUCGAUGGAAGUGUCAAGAGUUACUUUGAGUGUGUGAAAAGGAGUAAAAGUGGAUCAGAAUAAUGUGGAUGUAGGAACAGUUUUGUUGUUUGCCAUCCAGGGUCAGUUAAACAAGCUUUUGCUGCCAGUUUUUCCAAGGCAGUUUGUGGACCUCCUUGAAUUUGAGUGUUGUUUUUUGUUUUGUUCAUCACAAAGCAUAAUGCAUGACAAAAAAACUCUUAAAAACAAAAUAUCUGUUGAAUUGACACAGUCUACCCGACUAUGAAAAUGAAACUUUGAAGGGAAAGUAGGAAAGAUGAGCAACAGUGGGUCAGAUAUGAGCCUUGGCCUCCCACUUUGAGGACUAUAGUCUACAUACUGUACAUGGAUUGAGCCAUAUAUCCAUAGGGAUAAUUUGAAACUCCCAAAUCUCGAUUAUAUUUGUUCCUGAGAUUCAUACAAAAUCCAUAAUCUGGAAUUUAAAUAACCUUUAAUUAAUUAAAGCUCUACGAGGAACUUUCUGUCCAUAUUGACUUUGGUGCCCUCUAUUAGUGCUGAUUUCAUGUUGUUAAAGCAGUGCCACAUUACAAAUAUUCUCUUACUGUUGUCUUUUUAAAGUGAAAUUUAUCAUUUACUGCAGAUAUUUGCCGCUGAUAAAAGUAACAAAGGCUGAUUCUAUAGCAUACCUAACCCCUCACUGCAGCUACAGACACGAAAUACUACAGUGUAGAAAUUUCAGUCUGAUUCAUGACCCAUUCUGGGGAUUUAAUCAAGUCUGGGGGCUAAAAUCCAAUCAGAUUACUCAUGAACCAAUUAUUUUGGUGCGUUUUGAUCUUUUAGGCCCUCUAGCCUUUGAGGACAUAUGUGGACAUACCUCAUGCCUUAAAAACCUAAUUAAGAUGUUAUGUUUACAUACUUAAAUUUAGGUGCAUGAAUGGCAACGAUGAAGUGAACAACAAUACUAAUUCUGCCUCUCCUCUUUUUGCAUUUUAAGCUGUCUGGCACUUUGACCAUCCCAUUGUGGCAGUGGUUUCUGACACGGUUUGGGAAGAAGACUGCAAGUUACUGCGGCAUCUCAGUGAGUAAAAUAAAGCUCAACUUUUUAAAAGACACCUUCAUUCAAUAAGGAUGUGUUUUUAUUUUCCUGCUCACAUGAUGCAUAUUUUGUCUCCGUAGUGGGCUGUACCCUUCAUGAUCUUAAUUGUUUGCAUCAAGAGCAACCUGAUUAUCUCCUACCUGGUCUCAGUGGCAGCAGGUUUUAGUGUCGCUGCAGCUUUCCUCCUGCCUUGGUGAGUCAGUCUGUAGAUAUCACCCUUGAAUCUUUGAGCAGAUGUGGAUUUUCUCUAAUUAUGCCCUGACUUCCUUUUCUAAUGCUUAAUGUGUCCUUUCAGGUCAAUGCUUCCUGAUGUAGUUGACGACUUUAAGGUUAAUAACCCAGGCAUCCAUGGUCAUGAAGCGCUCUUCUACUCCUUCUAUGUUUUCUUCAUUAAGUUUGCCUCUGGAAUAUCCCUGGGUGUCUCUACACUCAGCUUGAAGUAAGUUGUCAUCCCUCCAUUUACAUCUGUACUGUCUUAAUCUUCAACACUACUUGAAAUAAGCUCCUCAUUACAGCUCAUCAGUCCAGCAGUCAUGUGGUGUAAAAUCACAUAAUCUUCCUUUAACUAUGUUCACAUCAGCUUAGCUAUUUCUCAGCCAAUUUUUCUCUGCAUUUUUUCUCAGAUUUGCCGGCUACGUGACCGGGGCUUGCACACAACCUGAGGCAGUCGCUUUAACCCUGAAGGUGCUGGUUUCUCCGGUGCCUGUGGUUCUCAUCUUUGUGGGGCUGCUGAUACUCAAAACCUACCCGAUCGAUGAGGAGAGGAGGCAGGGUAACCGCAAACUGCUGCAGGAAAUGCUGUAAGUUAAAAUGCACACAUAAGCUUUAAGCAAAUAUGAGCUUGUUUACCUUCCCUGGAUCAAGCAUAUGAGCACUUUUUUGUUGCAAGUAUUACUCAUGCAUGACCACAGCAAACAAACCAGAGGAAUGUUAAUUCUGCUCUGCUUUCUGUACCUGAACUCAUUUCAAAAGACACUUUGAAAAACACUGUUUUGCUCCCAUGCUGGCACAUUUAUCACCCGGUAUGGACAAGCCAAGUCCUUUGUGUCUGACUCCUGGCUCUUCUCCCAUCCUCUCACAGGGACUCUGAGGCUGAUUCGGAGUCCGAAACUUCAGCCCUUGGGUGCAGUGUUUAG